UUCAUGGUACCACCAGAUGCGUCGUGUCGGUCGUGUCCGAACAUGGCCGCCAUUUUGUGUAACAUAACAGCUUUAGCUUGGUGAUUGUGUAGUCAGCAUUGCGAACAUUAUAUAUGUUCUGUGAUUGCGAACGAAUUACUCGUGAAUUGUUCGGUGAUUAAUUUGCAUUCCAUGCAAAACGAAAUACUGUACUAUUUCGACAAAUGUAAUCGUAGGCAUGUGCAAUCAGUGAUUUUUAAUCAAUAUAAAUUAUAAUUGCUGACUUUUCUUCUAUCAACCGUUUAAUACGUUUGUAUUCAGGUACAUUAUUAUCAAUGUUUCAAGAAGAAGUACUGAUAGCAUUCUGACAUGGCUAGAGUUCAACCAUACGAAAGAGUUGUGGAUGCUGUAGUCAUACAUACAAGUCCUGUACUUGACAUAGAAAUCCAAAAUGGGACGAAGAUUAAGAAUGAGCCCAUCGAUACAACAUCGAAUCCUGAUACAACUGAAGAUAAUACUAUAGUUAGAAAUUGUUUUAGUUUAAUUGAUCACGAUUAUCAUCGCGAUAAAUCAUUAUCUAAAAAUGAUAAUUCAUGUAAAGACAUAAAUAGUACAGAAAAUAGAGAUGCAUCAAAUAGUCAUAAUGCACAUUCAAACGACAAAAUCAAGACUGUUAAUAUAGAGCGUAAAAAAGCAAAAAAAAGAAAAAAAUGUUCCAAUGAAAUCUCUAACAAUAAAAACACUAGCGCAUUAUGUAUAACGGAGAAUGUUAGGAAAAAUAAAAAACAAAACAGCGUCAGAUUAGAUUAUAAAACAAAAAGACAAUAUAAAUUGGUAAAAAAAGAAAAUGCAAAAUGUGACAUUUGUUUUAGACAGUUCUCUUCUGUUCGAAAUUGUGAAACUCAUAAACAAUAUUACGAAUUUGUUAAAAAUAAUUAUUGUAGGUUUUGUGAUAAGCAUUAUAUAACACGCGAGAAAUUACAGUCUCAUACGUGUCAGUCUCCCCGUCUAUAUAUUGUGCGUAUGUAUGAAUAUAAUUGUAAUUUUUGCAGUCAGAUUUUUUAUGAUAAGAUAUUGUUACAAUCUCAUUUGUUUCAUGUACACAAUGAAUUAAUAUGUUUUAAUAGCACGAUAACAAAUACUAGUAAACUACGCGAAAUUUCGAAAUCCGAGAUCUAUAAAGUAAAUACAUCUCCUAAAGAUAAUACUUUAAAAACUAAUGCAAAUGAAGAAUCGUUAUGUUUAAAUAAUCUCAUAAAAGCAGAAAAAAUAAAUAUUACACUUACAAAUAAUAUUAAUAAAUCUUGCGACGAUAGUGUAAUAGAUACUGAACAAUCAAAGAUUGAAAAAACAUUCAAUAAUGAAAUGACGCCAACUAAAAGAUUACGACAACCAACAUUAACGGAAUACCUUGAUCUUUGCAAAAAGAAACGUGAUAUUAAACUCAAUCCAAAUAAAUUGAAUAUUAUGAAAGAUGAGUCUCCAACGUGUACUUUAGAUCGUGUUGAAAUAGAAGAAAAUCCAAGACUAAAACUUUUCGAAGAGCAAAAUGGACAAUUUGAUUCUUUAUCUACAAAUAAAGAUAAUAUCCCAGAUAAUAUCCCAAAACAAAUGGCAAGUUCUAUUCAGAAACAAAGUGUGAAACCUGAAAUAUGUUUACGUAAAAAACCAUUUGUAAAACUACAUGCGGAUGUUGAAAUGAUGAAAUCCUUUCUCGAAAAUCUUACUGAUACGGUUGUCAAAGAUAAAGUGACCGAAGAUCGAACAAAGAACAUUGUUUCAAAUGAUCGCGGAAUAUUCUACAGUUUACGAUCUUUAAAUAGAGUUUCUUCCGUGGAAGUGAGCGAAGAUCGAACAAGUGACAUUGUUUCAUAUGAUCGCGGAAUAUCCUAUAAUUUACGAUCUUUAAAUGGAGUUUCUUCCGUGGAAACAAGUUCAAAUUCGGAAAUAAGGAAGAAUAAAAAUGUAUCUAAGAAGUCUCCGUCAAACAUAGAAUUCAGUAUUAAAAAGGAACAGAAUGUGAUUGAUUCAGACAACGUAGAUCCUACAGUAGGUCGGAAAAUGAUUAUGGAUUUCAAGUGCAAAGGAUGUACAAUUCCCUUAAUAAAAUGUGAUGAACAACCAAGAAAUUCUAACACGAUUUCUACAAUUGAAGCCAUAGAAAACACUUCCUUUAUUACUACUCAAUGCAACUUCAAACCAACUACGUUGGAUCAAGAAAGUGAUGUACGAAAUAAAAUGACAUUUAAAAACUUAGAGGUUUCUCUGGAACGUUUAACAGCUAUUCCAACUAUAGAUAUAAAAACAGAAACAUUGGACACCAACAAACACAAUAACAAUUAUUUUUUAUGCAAAGUUUGUAAGGAAAGUUUUUCUUCAAAAUUGGCUAAACGCGUACAUAUUAAGUCGUCUCAUAUAGCAUAUAUGUCAAGCAUAUGUGAUGCACGAUAUACGCUAAAGCAUAAAUUACUUGAACAUUAUCUACGCGAACAUCUAUUUAAACAAAAUCAAUGUUGCAUUUGUUUUAUAUUAUUACCCGAUUAUGAAGCGCUGAAACAACACUUAAAUGUUCAUUGUCUGAAGUAUAUUAAAAGAGAGGACGACCAAUAUCCGGUAGAUAUUGAAUUAAAAUGUAACUUGAUAAAAAAAAAUUGUAAGUCAAUUGUACGUCUUCAUUGCAACAAGACAUUCUCGUCGCAAUCAUCUUUAAUAGCACAUCAAAGUUGUUGCACAGUACAAGAAGAAAUGAAGGAUGAGAAAAAUUUCAUGGAAGAAACAAAUGCAUACUCAACGGAUAUUUCUGAGAUACAGCACAAGAAGAAAACUAAUGAAAAUAUAAUUACAUGUGAUGAAAGCAUUAAUUCGGAUGAUUUAUCUAAACCUUCAAAUAGCGACUCCGUAAAAAAAUCAAAUAAAUAUCAAAAAACACUUCAUAGUGAAACAGAAUUGAAACUAAAUGAAGAAAUUAAUGAAGCUAAUCGAAAAUUUCUUGUUAAUAAUAACUCAAUUGAGAAUAAAAUUGAAUCUGUCAAUGAAUCACAAGACCCUAAAAAGCUUUUAGAAAAUAAUAGUUCCACAAUUAGUAAUCAGAACAGCGCAAAUACGCAACUGAAUGACAUUACAACAAAAAGUAUGACUUAUCCCUGUGAUAUAUGUGGAAAGCAAUUUCACAAUCCCAAAAAUUUGGAGCUACAUAUACGCUGUUUUAGCGUUACUACCGAUAUUUGUCCAAUGUGUCGCACUGGAUUCAGUUCUAAACGUCUUCUACAGACACAUAUUACUGCAGCACAUGUACCACAGAUUUCAAAGACUUACAAUUUUCAUUGCGUAUUCUGUAACCAAGGAUUUUUUAAAAAACACGAUCUUCGGCCUCAUAUAUUACAUUUACAUGGUCAACAAGUGCUCAACACGCUCACACGUAAUCCUAAUAUGAGUCAAGAGAAAUCCGAUAAAUCAAUUACUCAUGUCAUAACAUGUAACAUUUGUAAUUUGGUAUUUGAGACUCAUGAUCGCUACGUAGAACAUCGGAUGUAUUAUUACAAUAAUCAUACAUUCAAAUGUUCCAUUUGUGCACAAAACUUUCAAGGAAUGUAUAUGUAUCAUCAUCAUAAUAAACUUAUACAUUGUCCAGAGGAUAAACGCAAGUCAUAUAAUUAUAUCUGCGAUAUAUGCAAUGAGGGAUUUAAUCAUGAGUCACAUUUUUAUUCGCAUACUGUGCAUGUUCAUUCGAAAGAAGUGAAUUUAAUUGAAACUACAAAAGAAUCUGAAGAUAGAAACUGUAAUUCAUUCAACGUCCAAGAACAGAUUAAAAAUUUUCCCACGAAUCAACAAAAACGAAAUGAACAGUUGUCCAACAAGUAUACUUGUCAAAUUUGUCAGGUGAAAUGUAUAGAUAUGGCUCAUAUGAUAAAGCACAAAGAAUGUUAUUCCAAUGACGGCGAUUUUAAAUGUGACAAGUGUAACAGACGAUGCAAAACUUCUUUUUUACUUGAUCAACAUAAAAAAUUAACUCACUUUUAUCGGGAUAUUUUUAAUGGACAUGUAUGUCAUAUUUGUGACGAAGUUCUGGAAACUGUUUUUGCACUGAAGUGUCAUGAAAAACACUUCCAUUCAAAUAUUACCAACAAUAAUACGGAUAAUAGUGGCCAAAUGUCAUCAUCUUCGAAUAUUACAUACAAGAUAAUAGAACGUCCACAUGAAUCUAAGAAUAAUACAUCUAAUACUGAGUACGAUUGUUUAUUCUGCGAUAUGAAGUUUUCCACUUCAAACGCUGUCCAAACACACAUUGUUUACGUUCAUAUGGAUGAUAUGAUAGCUAAACGAACUACUUUAAAACUUAGUCUUCCCAUUAUUAAUAACGUUGAUAUACAGAAACAAUUUGUUGAAACUGUUCAAGUACCAUCGUCAUCGUCAUCGUUAUCAUCGUCAUUAGCAUCGUCAUCUGAAAAGAAAACAGCUCAACUUCUUCAAAACUCGACUUCUUCAAUGAUUCAACAAUCUAAAAUUAUCCUAAAUAAUACUAUGGCUAAAAAUGGAAUAAGUGUUAAAACUACUGAAUUAUUAAAGCAAUUUAGAGCUGUACAUUCAACAAAUAAAAAUACAGAAAAGACUGCAAUUCCAUGUAUUGACAGAUCUAAAGACAAUGUUUUGUCAUGUAAUACUAUUGCAUCAAAUACGGAACCAAAAACGAAUAUCUCAGUAUCUUCAUCCAUUGGAUCAACAACUAGAACUGACGUACCAAGCACUGAAUUAGGAAAUAACACUUCAGUUCCUCUAUCUUCUGGAUCGACAAUAUUUAAAACUGUCGUACCAAAUACUGCAUCCAAAAAUAACACUUUAAUUUCUCUAUCUGGAUCUGUUAAGGAUCUCGGAAGAAAAUGUUAUGAAAAUCCUUUAAAAUCUGGAUCAGUCAAUGAAUUUAAAGCUAACUCAUCAUCGAAUAGAUCUGUAAUAAUUAAUCAAUCAAAAAUAGCACCUGUAUAUCUUUUCUCGAGUAAACCUUUAUCAACAUUCAAAGAUGUUAUGCCACAAUCAUGGAAAAGCAAUGAAAUUACAAAUCAGAAAUCUGUAUCAGUGAACAAUUAUGAUCAUGGUUAUUCAUGUCCAUUGUGUCCGCUAGAAUAUCCAUCUUUGAUGUUCUUCCAGGCUCAUCUCAAAUAUGCUCAUGCAGAUUCCAUCAUUUCCGUUCGUACUCAUGAAUUAACUAUCCCACAGGUGAAUCAAACUCAGAAAGCCUCUAUGAUAGAAUGUUUAUUGUGUCCAUGUACCUUUUUCGAUGAGACUAAGUAUAAGAAGCAUUUAAGAAACUCUCAUACAUAUUAUGUGUAUAUUCCAAAUUCUGAAGAGAUGACAAAAAUGAAUAACGUGUGUAAUCCUCCAAUAACACAGACGAACAUUAACAGAAGAAGCACAAUUCCUGAAACAAUUACUAUAGAUGAUGUGAAUAUUAAAAAUACAACAGAUCAAGGAGCAACCGAAGUAACUACGCUCGAUCACAAAAAGGAGAAUGAGAAAAUUGGUAAAUUGAGAGUGAAGCCUUUUGCAAAGAUCAUUGAAAAUUUAUCUACGGAUUCUGCAUCAAAAUUUUUAUAGACCACCCAAAUUCCAAACCAUUUUGCUAUCAAAUUUGUUAUGAAAGAUUAAGUUUCAGUAAUACAUUGAAAAUGUAAUUAACAACGCACACGUCAAUUUAUAAAAAUAUUUAAUAAUGAUAUAUUAUAUAAAUGCAAGAA